CCCUCACUUCCGGGUUGGCCCUGGUCCAGGAGGCCGAGCCCGGAGGAGGAGCCGCUUGCGGCGGCCGCGGUAGCAGCCGGAGCAACAGCAGCAGCACCACCAGCCUCAGGAGCGGCGGCGAAGAGGUCGGAAGCAGCUGAGGGAACCCCGCGCGUAUGUCCGUCCCUGAGCUGACGCACCACGAAGUGACUGGCCUAUGAGAUGGCAGAGAAUGGAAGAAGUUUUGACUUGAGACGCACUGCGAUGAGCAAAGAACACCACAACGGAAGGUUUCUAGAGCCUUCUUUGUCGAGUGACCCAAGGCAGAAAGAACGAGAAGCACGUCAGAGUAUCGUCCUCUGGGGAAAACCGAUUCUUACCUUGCAGUAUUUCUUCCUGGAAACUUUAAUAAACACGAAAGAGUGGACCAUCAAACUGUGGCAUCGCCGAAGGAUAGUGGUGUCCCUAUUGCUGCUGCUUGCCAUUCUUACAUCUACGUAUUAUAUCGAAGGAGCCCAUCAACGGUAUGUGCAGUAUAUGGAAAAAAGGCUUUUGUGGUGCGCCUAUUGGGCCGGGUUAGGCAUCCUGUCCUCAGUGGGGCUUGGAACUGGUCUUCACACCUUUCUGCUCUACUUGGGUCCACAUAUAGCAUCGGUGACGCUCGCGGCUUAUGAAUGUAACUCAGUGAAUUUUCCCGAGCCGCCCUACCCGGACCAGAUUAUCUGCCCCGAGAAAGAGGGAGUGGUAGGAUCCAUUUCGUUAUGGACCAUCAUGUCCAAAGUCAGGCUGGAAGCCUGCAUGUGGGGUGCUGGAACAGCCAUUGGGGAGCUGCCUCCAUACUUCAUGGCCAGGGCAGCCCGAUUGUCUGGAACUGAGCCGGACGACGAGGAAUACCAGGAAUUUGAGGAGAUGUUAGAACAUGCUCAAGGUGCACAGGACUUUGCCUCUCGGGCAAAACUGGCCAUCCAGAAUUUGGUGCAGAAAGUCGGAUUUUUCGGCAUCCUGGCAUGCGCUUCCAUUCCCAACCCUCUCUUCGACUUGGCCGGGAUAACAUGUGGACAUUUCCUGGUUCCCUUUUGGACCUUUUUUGGAGCCACCUUGAUUGGAAAAGCCAUCAUCAAAAUGCACAUCCAGAAACUUUUUGUGAUCAUCACCUUCAGCAGACACAUAGUGGAACAGAUGGUCUCCUUAAUUGGCUCCGUGCCUGGCAUCGGGGCAUCUCUGCAAAAGCCUUUUCAAGAAUACUUGGAAGCUCAGCGGAUCAAGCUGCACAGCAAAGCCAAUGAGGCCCCCCAGGGUGAAAACUGGUUGUCCUGGACAUUUGAGAAAUUGGUUAUAAUUAUGGUGUGCUAUUUUGUCUUGUCCAUUAUUAACUCCAUGGCCCAAAGUUACGACAAGCGUGUCCAGCAACGCAUGAACUCCGAGAGGAAAGCGAAAUGAGCAGGAUCAGGAAAAGGGAGGGAGGGAAUCCAACCCACCCCAACUUCCACUGGAAUAACCAGCCUUGCGUUUAAUAAUAGUCAUCAUCCUCAUCCUCAUCCUCAUUUGCAAAAGAGGGGCAGGGUUAUGGGGGGGGGGCGGGGGCGGGUAAGGCUGGACUCUGGUUUCAGCAACUCUGCCGUUAGUUACGGUUCCCGCAGGCCACCGUCUCCACGUUAAAAGGUAGCAGAUGCACCCCUUGUUUCGAUGUAAAUUAAUUAAUUUGGUUUUACAUACGUGCUUUUCCCCCCCACUUCUGAAUUGACUACAUGGCUGGGUUUAGGAUUGGGGCGGGGUGGGUUUUUUUUUUCCUGCCUUCCCUUGCUUUUUUUUUUUUUUUUCUCAUUUUUAAAGAAAAGUUUCUGGCUUUCCAGAACUUUUAGGGCUACUGUCCAUGAUGUUUAACGUUCAGCCUCUCCCCGAAGGGUGUAAAAACCAUCUUCAUCUUAACCUGGGCGAUCGUAAGAUUGACUAGCAAUGGGGCGGUGGCCGUUUUGACGAACAUCUGGAAAUUCCCCCAUGUCAUGUUCACGGAAAGGGCGGGGAGCUUCGUUCUUCUUUCCCUUGGGCCUGUUUAGAAGGGCAUUAAAUCAACACCCUCUCAGAUCAUUCCAGACUCCCCCGUUUGGGUCUUUUAAAACCUGUCCCGAGUCCUUCCUCCUUUUUGUGAGUGUGUCCGUAUUCCGGUUAAAUCUUCCCCUCCCAAUUUUUUUUUUUAUUUUAUUUUAUUUGUAGUUCCUUUGCACAAUCUUUCAAAAAAAAAAAAAAAAAAAAAACCCACCCUGUUUCAAAUGAAUGCUUGCUCCGCUCCUUUGCAAGUUCUCCUCGGUUUUUGGGUUUUUCCCACUCUUUGCUCAGAUCAAAGAACUAAACGGGGUGGGGUUUUUUGGUUUUUUUUGGACAUUGUUCAGUUAUUUUUAUUUAUUUAACUGACCCGGUAGCCCCGAUACCUGGAGCCAUCCUUGUGUUGGAUUUUAUAAAAAAUGGUUUAACUCUCGCCGUGUUUAGGAAAUGCAAGAGGAAGUUGGUUUGUAAGAUGCAGGAAAGGUAACUGGAAUAAACAACAUUCAAAGAUA